UUAUUCCUAGAGAAUUUUUUUUUGUGUAAAACAGUGUAACAAGCUAUUAUUCGAUUUUAAUAACUUUUAAAUGAGCUACUCGACUUGAAUUAUAAGUUAUUCGAUUUCGAUCAUUCUUUCAUUCAAUCUGAAAAGAAAAAAUAAAUUAAAAUGGCUUCAAAGAUGAUAAUGUCAAAAUGCUCGAUUAUAUCAUCACAAAUCCCUAAACUUUCUUCUUCUUCUUUAUUUUCAUUAUCAUCUAAACAACAGCAAUUUGUUUCUCUCAAAUCUCGCUGCUCACCACCACUGUUCUCUUUCACCGCCGGUGUGUCGUCAUCAUCAUCUUUUUCAGCGGUGACGUCAUCUCUGCCGCCUCUCACAACUGAUGCUGAUUUAAUCAUGGAUGCUGUUCAGCGCCGUCUCAUGUUUGAAGACGAGUGCAUUCUGGUUGAUGCUAAUGAUGCCGUUGUUGGUCAUGACUCAAAAUACAAUUGUCACUUGAUGGAGAAGAUUGAAUCGGAAAAUUUGCUGCAUAGGGCUUUCAGCGUAUUCUUGUUCAACUCAAAGCAUGAGUUACUCCUUCAGCAAAGGUCAGGAACAAAGGUGACAUUCCCUUUGGUAUGGACAAACACCUGUUGCAGCCAUCCACUGUACCGUGAAUCCGAGCUUAUUGAAGAGAAGUCACUAGGGGUCAGAAAUGCUGCACAGAGGAAGCUUUUAGACGAACUGGGUAUUCCUGCAGAAGAACUUCCGGUUGAUGAGUUUAUCCCAUUGGGUCGCAUUCUUUACAAAGCACCAUCUGAUGGCAAAUGGGGUGAACAUGAACUUGAUUAUCUUCUCUUCAUUGUACGAGACGUUAGUAUGAACCCUAACCCAGAUGAGGUUUCGGACGUGAAGUAUGUUAACCGAGAUCAGUUAAGAGAGCUGGUGAAGAAAGCAGACGCCGGUGAAGAUGGUGUGAAGCUGUCACCAUGGUUCAGGAUAGUAGUAGAUAAUUUCUUGUUUAAGUGGUGGGAUCAUGUUGAUCAGGGAAGUCUCCUUGAAGCUGCUGAUAUGAAGACGAUUCAUAACUUAUAAUCUCCUCAUGCUCCCACUAAUUCCCAAAAAGAUCCCUUCAUUUCAUUAUGUAUUAAUUCAAUUUAAGGUUUCUUUAUGUUAUGUGCGUAAUAAUGAAGAGAUGAGAUUAGUCAUGUUUUAGAAUAAAACACUUGAUAUUCACUGGUUUUGUAAUAUAUCUAAAUAUCAAAAUAUAUAUUCGAUAAAGCUUGUUUCAAA